ACAGGAAGGGUGGGCACACAGAUGUCGUACGUCUUUUCUAUCUCCAACUUCUAUAUCUUCAAAUUCAAUUAUACUUUAUUGGCAUGAAAAAAGAGACAGGCUUUCUCAAGUAUUUGUCAGAAGUAAAUUAGAACUGGUAGUGUUAGGGCUACUUGCUUGAGGUUUCAUACCCUGUGUCAGUUUGUCAGCAGGGUCCAUUCUGGAUGUGUUGGCAGAUUGCUACACACAGCAAUGCCACCCUUGCCAGCACCCUGUGAUCCGCACAUACCUUGUUUUAUAAGACAUGGAGUCAAUUUCUUUGGCACAAUGAGCUUUUUUACAAGAACAAAACUGCCCCCAUCGUAGAUCUUUCCCCUGACUUUGUGGGAGAAGAUUCAGUGUCUGUUUUGCAUUAGUAAAAUGCAGAAGUAGCUGCAUUUUAGCUGUGGGAAAAGCAAUAGCAUAAGCCCUAUUUACAGUUUGUAUUUCAGUUUAUUAGGUGGUUUUAGACCCUUUGGAGUGAAAUACACUAUAUCUGUAAGUUUAUUUAUUUAUUUAUUUAUGAGAGAAUGUUCUCGGCUGCGUACAUUAAUUUCCAGCAAAGAAAGUGGUUCAUUGUGUAAAUAUUUGGCAGAGGCCAAGUGUUGUUAGAGAGGGUUCCUUAAAUAUACUCAUGCAUAGCCACAAUGUAACAAAUGGAUAAACAUAAUAAAUGAGUUCACAGAAAUUAUAUAAUAAUGCUUUCCCCUAUCCCUUUGAAGAAAAUAAAUAGAAUCUCUGCCUUCUUCUUUGACUCACACUUUCUCAGCUGUCUAUACCUUGGCAUUAUUCCAGACUCUCAGCAUGCCUCAUUCUUCUUUGUUUGCAGUUCUGCCUAUCAUCCCCUCAAACAACACUGCAUUGUUGCCACAGAGCUUCAUCUCCAUCCAUGCCUUCAUUUCCUCUUGCCAGGAUUAUUGCAACCCCCUUCUCUUUAGCCUCUGCAAAUCCAGUCUCUCCAGAUGCCGGUCCUUUCUCACAAUUUGUGCACAGUGCUAAAUGUUCCACAUGACCCAGUGGCCUUGGAAGAGCAUUUUCGGGAUGAUGAUGAAGGACCAGUUUCCAAUCAGGGUUACAUGCCUUAUUUAAACAAAUUCAUCUUGGAAAAGGUUCAAGGGAACUUUGACAAAGUUGAGUUCAAUAGGAUGUGCUGGACUCUCUGCUUCAAAAAGAACCUCACUAAAAGUCCUUUGUUCAUUAGCGAUGAAGAUGCCUUUAAAAUUUGGGUUAUUUUCAAUUUUUUAUCUGAGGACAAAUACCCAUUGGUCAUUGUACCUGAGGAGAUUGAAUACUUGCUUAAAAAACUCACUGAAGCAAUGGGGGCAGGCUCGCAUCAAGAACAGUUUGAACAUAAUAAGAACAGUCUCGGUGCCAAUCAAGGUCUUUCUGCAUGGGAAUUGAUUGAGCUUAUUGGAAGUGGACAGUUUAGCAAAGGGAUGGACCGACAGACUAUAUCAAUGGCAGUUAAUGAGGUCUUUAAUGAGCUCAUAUUAGAUGUACUGAAACAGGGUUACAUGUUGAAAAAAGGUCACAGAAGGAAAAAUUGGACAGAACGUUGGUUUGUGCUAAAACCAAAUAUUAUUUCAUAUUACGCGAGUGAAGACUUAAAAGACAAAAAAGGAGACAUCAUCUUGGAUGAAAACUGUUUUGUAGAGUCCUUGCCUGACAAAGAUGGAAAGAAAUGCCUUUUUCUUAUCAAAUGCUUAGAUAAAAGCUUUGAGAUUAGUGCCUCUGAUAAAAAGAAGAAGCAGGAGUGGAUUCAAGCCAUUCAGACCACUGUAAGCCUGCUGAGGGUUGGCAGCCCUCCACCUCACAAAGAAGCGCGCCAGAAACGGAAAGAAUUACGCCAGAAACUGCAAGCUGAGCAAGAGGAAUUGGAGCGGCAAAUGAAAGAACUCCAAAUAGCCAAUGAGAACAAGCAGGAGGAAUUGGAGACAGUGAGAAAGCAACUGGAAGAAGCAGCUGCUCGAGCCGCAGUAGAAGAGAAGAAACGUCUUCAGACUCAAAUGGAACUGCAAGACCGAUUCAGUGUGGAGCUAGCAAGAGAGAAAAUGGUAAGACAGCAAAUGGAAGAGCAGGUUGCUCAGAAAUCAUCUGAACUUAAACAGUAUUUGCAGAGAGUAUGUGAACUCGAAGAAAUGUAUAAACAGCUACAGGAAGCCUUGGAGGAUGAGAAACAGGCACGUCAAGAUGAAGAGACCGUAAGGAAACUUCAAGCCAGGUUACUGGAGGAAGAGUCAGCAAAGAGAGCUGAAUUGGAAAAAUGGCACUUGCAGCAGCAGCAGACCAUUCUGAUGACAGAAGCAGAGAAGCAAGAGUUAGAGACCCAGAGGAUCAUAAAAGAACGUGCUCUUCAAGUUGCUAUGCAACAGUUGGAACAGCUUGAACUAGAAAGGAAGCAGGCACUUGAACAGUAUGAGGGGGUCAAAAAGAAGUUGGAACUGGCAGCUAACAAGACUAAGAGCUGGAAAGAUAAAGUAGCUCAUCAUGAAGGAUUAAUUCGAUUAAUAGAACCAGGGUCUAAGAAUCCUCACUUAAUUACUAAUUGGGGACCCGCAGCCUUCACUGAAGCUGAACUUGAGCAAAGAGAAAAGAGCUGGAAGGGGAAAAAGGCUACUUCUGAGUAAUGAAGGCAGCUGAAAUCUCACUCAGCAGCAAUAAAAUGUUUGAUCAUGCCAUUUUAUAGUUCAAAUAUGGCUUACUGCUUGUAAUGAUUGAGUAUGUUCAAAGCAACAUAUUCUGCAAAUGCUGUCUACAAAAGGAUCUUUUAUCACAACAGUAUACAGGAGCAGUCAUGUCUGCAAUUUUCCCUCCAACGCUUAGCUUCCAGAAACUGCUUUAUUUAUAUGGAAAACAUUAUCCAAUCUUUCAGCUGCAGAUUUUUAUUUAAAGAAUAACUUUGGUCAUAGAAUAACCUGUGAAAACAAUUAUGACAUAACCUAUCAAAUGCAGUCACAUUAAGUGUUGUUAUUUCGUGUUUCUAAAGUGAGGGAACUGCUUGCCUAUGUCUGUAAGUCGGCAGUGUCAUUUAAAACAGGAGGUGGGACCCAUAUCAACCCUCACCUCUCCUCCCACUGCCAAUCAUAAUCACCUUUUGCCCUUCAUUUCAUCUCCUCCACUGGACAUGUGGGACAUGUCUACGCUGCAGUAGGCUCAGACUCAAGCCUAACCCUCUACACACAGAUCAUGCUACCCUAGGGUCCCAACUUGAGUCAAGCUGGGACCUAGCCUUCAAACUCUAGUGAUUUGCAGUGUAGAUGCAGUCCCACUGGACUUGUGCUGGAGGAAUCUGCCAAAAAUAUUCCUUGCGUCAGUCAGGUGUUCCUACACUGCACCAUGAACAAAGGGCUAAAGCAACCACGUGUUAGGAAGCCUAGGGUUUGGGUAGUUAGACUCUGGAUUGGAUCAGGAAGUAUCCAGAAUGGGACCCAGGCUUCAACAAUUCCUAUUAUGCACUCAAGCCCUAGACUAACAAACCCAAAGCUGGGGGACUAAAUUUCUUCUAACCCUGAGCUUACAUUGCAGUGGAGACACCCUUAUUUUCCUCUUUAUGGCUCUGUGACUGUACAAUGGCCCAUUUCCUUCUGCAGCACUGGCCCCUGCUGAAGGCUGGCUUCUCUUUGCAUUGAUGCCUCUGAGCCAGCACUCUAUUGACCUGACAGCUCUCUGUGCACCACCACUGUGUACUUCAUAAAUCACAUUUUGAGAAGCACUGGUCUAACACAAUGGGGAAAAGUAGCACUUUAGGAUUAUGGCUGUAGUGCAGUCUCUAAAAGCAGCUGCUGCCCCAGCUGUCUUUAACUACAAUCCAUGAACUGAAGACAUAAGCUUUAAGUCUUUAAAUCAUAAUUGGAGGUCUUUUAAAAAGCCAUGCUAUACUUCAAACAAACCCUGGCCUUGAUUCAGACAUUACUGGAUAAGGUUCUUUGGCCUGCAUUAUACUAGAAGUCAUAGUAGUCUCUUUAAGCCUUAAAAUCUGUAUGGUAUGUACAGGCCUCAGCUGAAGAAGACAUACUCCCAUCUGUGUACCUAUUGGCACUGACAUCCUGUGCUCAGGGCAGCUAGUCCCUCACACUGCUGCAGCCACAUUCUGUUUUUAGUACACGAGGGAGUAUCGCUCUGAGCUGGGAACAACAGCCCCCACUUGAAGAGUAGCCAUGUCCUAUGAGAACUAUUAUGAAAUAGGUGAGAUGUUAAAAACUCUUUAUGGACCAGGUUCCACCAAUUAAGGAAGCAGAAAAACUUAUAGGAUUAAAACAACAAAAAUCAAAUUAAUUGGGAUGAAAACUUCAUUAACCCAACAUUCAGAUGCCACCCUCACCUAGUGUUAUUCCCUUUAAAUAACAACACAAACCUUUGUCACCGAACACUAUGAAUCCAUUCAAUUAUACUAAAAACAUUCCAAAGAACUCUAGCACACGGUGGGUCUCGCAGCAGGGAAAGCCAUUUGUUUCUAAAAGUAAUAUACUACAUGGUUCUGCUUUGUAGACAUUCUCCCACAGAAGGGAAAGAUGUCGGUCAGUUCCUGAGAAAUAGUUCCCCAAAUGCGCAUCAUGCCCCAUUCUCAUGCAUAGGACCUGUCAGUCAACUUUUGCCUUGCACCGCUAUGAAACAUACAAUUCUCAACUUCAAAUGUUUAGCGCAACUAAAUGUUAAAUUAUUGCAUAGUUAAAUAUGAAAGUGAAUGUUUUAUAACAAACCAUAUAUUUGUGUACAGAACAGUAUUACUAAGUGAGUCAGUAAAAUAACAGAAGUAGAAACUGUACAAUACUGAACAAAAAACAUCCUUCAGAACUGGAACGCUCCUGUUUUUAUUGGCUGGAGAAUUAAACACCAGGGGGAUCUGAAAUCAGACAUUUUUAUGGGUGGUUAUAUUUUUAUACUAAUCAAUUGAACUCAUGAUGUUUCAAUAAAUGGAGAUACACAUUUGAGUGCUAGCAAAUCCUAGACUUUCAUAUUUGUAAUUACUGUACAGUAAACUAAUAUUUAUUUUAGUUUACUGCUAGGACUACAAUUGUUUACAUACGAACCAUGUGCUAAUAGCAGAAAUACUAUCAUAGCUAUACAUUUUUAAACUGGUAAAGGAAGAGCUGGAACAGUAUAACUUACAACUAUCUCCCCACCCCCACCUUUUUUUUUUUUUUUUUUUUGGUAUGAACAGUGGAAGAUGUAUUGGGCCAACUAAUUUUCUGCUGUCUUUUUUGUUUUUUAAACUUGUCCAAAAUAUUUUAAGGAAAUACCAAAUGAUGCAGACCUUUUUUACUGUUCUUUAGAACUGGCUUUUUAAUAAAAUGCAAAAAAGUUAUUUACACUUCUA